UGAAAAGACAGAGGUGUCAUGGGAUGUGUUGAUGCUGGCUCAAAGGAUGUGCGCGCGGAGCAUGCGCAGUGGGUGAAUGUAGGGACUCCAUUUGUGCUGUCAGUGAAGGCUCCCAGGCAGCCUCCUAUUUUCAAUACAGUAGCAUCCUGAAUAUCCGUCAACAUUUUUAGCCUGCAUUCCAAACAAAACCAGCUCGGACAUGAGUGGAGAUCAUGGACAUCGAGACUCUCAGGUCAGCUGUGGAACCAAUGGAAGCGAAAUUCAGAAACAUAAAGACAAGCACAAAGACAAAGAUCACAAACACAAAGAUCACAAGAAAGAGAAAGGAGACAAAAUUAAGCACAGCAACAGUGAACACAAGGAGCACUCGGAGAAGAAACACAAAGACAAAGAGAAGCUGAAGCACAGCAAUGGAGGAUCAGACAAACACAAAGAAAAACACAAAGAGAAAGACAAAGACAAGAAGAGGGAAGAAAAGAGCAAAUCAUCCCAUUCAGAAAAGCCAAAAAAGGAGAAAGAAAAUGGAUAUGUCAGAGAGACAAGUCCAGCAGCCAUAAAGAGUGAACCUGAAGAAAACAAUGGCUUCUACCCCUCUCCCCAACACAAGCCCUCCAAACGGGAGUAUGAUGAUGAAGAACUUGAAUACAAGCCCAAAAAAGUGAAGGUGGAACUUGACAAAAAAGCCAAAAAGCGGAAAUAUGAGUACGGCGACGAUGAGGAAGAAGAGGAUGUCAAGCACAAAAAGAAGUCAAAAGACAAAAAAGCAGCAGAAGGAAAGAAAGCCAAAAAAGAAGCAGAAGACAAGUGGAAAUGGUGGGAGGAGGAAAGAUAUACAGACGGCUCUAAAUGGCGAUUUCUUGAACAUAAAGGUCCAGUGUUUGCUCCUGCAUAUGAACCUUUACCUGAAAAAGUGAAAUUUUAUUAUAAUGCGAAACCAAUGAAACUUAGUGCUUCUGCUGAGGAGGUAGCCACAUUUUUUGCAAAGAUGUUAGACCACGAGUAUUCUACAAAAGACAUCUUCAGGAAGAAUUUCUAUAAAGACUGGAGGAAGGAAAUGACUUCAGAAGAGAAAUCAAUAAUUACUGACCUGAACAAGUGUGACUUCAGUGAAAUGAAUGAGUACUUUAAAGCCCAAUCUGAGGCCCGCAAGCAGAUGUCUAAGGAGGAGAAACAGAAAAUCAAAGAGGAAAAUGAGCGGCUCCUCUCAGAGUACGGCUUUUGUAUUAUGGACAACCACAAAGAGAGGAUCGGGAACUUCCGCAUUGAGCCACCAGGCCUUUUCCGGGGACGAGGCGACCACCCCAAGAUGGGAAUGCUGAAACGGCGCAUCAGACCUGAAGAUGUCAUCAUAAACUGUAGCAAAGACUCCAAGCAUCCCAAACCUCCCCCUGGUACAAAGUGGAAGGAGGUUCGUCACGACAACAAAGUGACCUGGUUAGCUUCAUGGACCGAGAACAUCCAGGGCUCCAUCAAGUACAUCAUGCUGAACCCUAGUUCCAGGAUCAAGGGGGAGAAAGAUUGGCAGAAGUAUGAGACCGCCCGGCGCUUGAAGAAAUGUGUCGAUCGAAUUCGUACUCAAUAUCGGGAUGACUGGAAGUCAAAAGAGAUGAGGAUCAGGCAGAGAGCUGUGGCGUUGUAUUUUAUAGAUAAACUGGCACUGAGGGCAGGUAAUGAGAAGGAAGAAGGGGAGACGGCAGACACUGUGGGGUGCUGCUCGCUGCGGGUGGAGCACAUCAAACUGUUUCCCAAGAUGGAUGAGCAGGAGUACGUGGUGGAGUUUGACUUCUUGGGAAAAGACUCCAUCCGCUACUACAACAAGAUCCCAGUGGAAAAACGGGUUUUUAAAAACCUCCAGCUGUUUCUGGAGAACAAACAGCCAGAAGACGACCUUUUUGACCGGCUUAAUACCUCCAUUCUGAAUAAGCAUUUGCAGGAACUAAUGGAUGGACUUACAGCUAAGGUUUUUCGUACCUACAAUGCUUCCAUCACGCUGCAGCAGCAACUUAAAGAACUUACUUGCCCCGAUGACAGCAUUCCAGCCAAGAUCCUGUCUUACAAUCGAGCCAACCGAGCUGUGGCCAUUCUUUGUAACCACCAGAGAGCUCCGCCCAAAACAUUUGAGAAGUCCAUGCAAAAUCUUCAGACUAAGAUUGAUGAGAAACAAAACCAACUGUCUGCAGCUCGGAAGCAGCUAAAGGCUGCCAAGGCUAAUCACAAGGCUUCUCACGAUGACAAGAGCAAAAAGACCGUAGAAGUGAAGCGUAAAGCUGUACAGAGGAUAGAAGAACAGCUGAUGAAGUUACAGAUGCAGGCAACGGACAGAGAGGAAAACAAGCAGAUUGCAUUGGGGACCUCCAAGCUCAAUUAUCUGGAUCCACGCAUUUCUGUUGCUUGGUGCAAGAAGUGGGGCAUUCCUAUUGAGAAGAUCUACAACAAAACCCAGAGGGAGAAGUUUGCCUGGGCGAUUGACAUGGCAGAAAAAGAUUACGAAUUUUAAUCCAGCAUCUUUUGUCUCCAGGCAAAAUUCAGAUUGUAACCCAGAUUGUAAGAAUAGCUUUUAGUUUUCGUCAAACGAUUCCACUGUGUGGUAACUGCAGGGCGAUGAGCAAGGAAGCUCAGACUGUGCUGAAGCUAUGAUCAUGAACUAAUAUAUUUAAAAAAAACUGUACAUAAAAAUGAGCUGUGUACAGACAAAAACUCUUCAUUCAUUUCACCAAGUUGCCAAAGGGCAUAUCUCUUUAGAAACUUUGUAAUAGUGUGUAUGUAGCUGCAGCUAUUUAACUGUAAUCUAACAACUAUGGACAUUUUGGUAUAACCUUGUGUCAAAUUAAAUGUUCUGGAGGUUUAUCGUCCUCAGAUGCUAUAUUCUCUUAGAAUAAUGAAGUGUUUGCGAUGGAGAAAGAAAGAAGUGAAAAAUCUAAAAAUAUGUUGUGGAUUUCAGCUAAUAAUGUCAUUGUGGGAAAGACUGGUAUAAAUGAAAUGAGCCGGACAGAUUUCUGUUAGUGUGAAAAACCGGAACCCAGCACUAAAUAUGCUCUUCUUAGCACACAGAAUGUCCUCUGUCAUCCAUGUGGUUAGGGCUCGCUGUUUAUUUCAGGGAUGUACAUAUGUCGUCUUUUUUUAAGCUCUUAAGUUUUUGUGUUUUUUUUUUCUUGUGUGUUAUGUGCAUUAUCAACAGAAAGCUCUUCAGUGCUGAUAUGCAAAUCCUUUUCUUCAUUUUAACUUAAACUGAGUGCUAAUUUAUUGUGUUGGAAAAGACUCUUCUCUAUGAAGGAAGGCUGUGAUUUUGAAAAAAAAGAAAAGAAAAAGAUCUAUCCUUGUUGUGUGAUUUUAUUUAUUUUUUGUAUAAUUGUGAUAAAACAGUGUCUGUAAGUGUCAUAUCAAUUAAUAUUCCAACUUUUAGCAUUAAUGUUUUUUGUUAAUUGAUUGUGCAUUCUUUUGCUCAUUUAAACACUUGUUCAGAGCUUUCCGACAUCAAA